AUGGCAACGAGAAAAAAUUUGGAACCUUCAAAUAAAGAUAAAGCAACUCGUUCUAAUGGUAAAAAUGAUCAUGAACAUAGUCAUCAAUCAACUCAUGAUCAAAGUGAAAUACAAUGUUUUUUUAAUGCAUGUGAUCGAGAAGCAAGUGAAAAAUUAUUACGUGAUGCAUAUACAAAUUAUAAACAAAAAAAUGGUAUUUAUAUGUUACGUCAAUCACAACGAGAUGAAAGUAAAUUUAUUUUAUCAUUAAUUAAAGAUGGACAAUGUUUUCAUUAUCGUACACAUCAUAAUGGAGAUGGAACAUUUCUUGAUGAACAAACUAAUUCAUCUUUUUAUUCAUUAGAUGAUUUGCUUGAAUUUUAUCAAGGAGAUGGUGUACGUUAUUUACGUUGUCCAUUAACAAUACCUUUACAUGGUUAUCCAUUACCAGCAUUUGCACAACGACGUGGUAUAACAACAAUUCUUCAUCAAGCAGCUACUAGAGGUCAACGAGAUGUUAUUCAAUCGAUUCUUAAUGAUCAAAAUUGUCCUGAUAUUCAUUCGAAAAAUGAAGAAGGAAAUACACCAUUACAUGAAGCAUGUUUUUUUGGGCGUGAUGAUGCUGUUAAAGUAUUAUUACAAGCUGGUGCUAGUUGGAAACUUGUAAAUAGACUUGGAUGGACAUCUUUACAUCAAGCAGCUCUAGGAAAUAGUCCGACUAUUAUUGAUUUACUUAUAAAACGUAUUCAUGCAGAUAUUGAUGUACGAAAUCCAUUUAAUUUAUAUGCACCAAUUCAUUGUGCUGCUGCAAAUAAUCAUCUUGAAGCUAUAGGAAUUAUAAUUGCACAUGAUUCACCAUUACGACCAUUGACAGAAGAUGGAGAAACACCUUAUGAUUUAGCUGUAAAACAAAAUGGAACUGAAUGUGCUGAAAAACUAGCGGCAAUUCAAUCAAAACCUGCUGUCUCUCGUCGUUCAAGUUACUAUCAUGGUUCAUUAACGAGUAAUCAAAUGCGAGCUUUAUUAAAUUGUUUUAAAAAACAAGAUGGUUUAUUUUUUGUUCGACAAAGUUCAUCUGUUCAAGAUGAUUAUGCAAUAUCAAUUAUUUGGCACAAUCGACUUAUUCAUGAAAAACUUCAUAAAAAAAAUUCUUAUUCAUAUUAUUUUGAAACUCGUCUUCAUUAUCAUGAUAGUCUUGAACAUGCUAUGGAUUAUUUUAUGAAAAUUUAUAAAGGUGUUGUUAAACCAUUAAGUCCAGAAGCAGCAAAAGUAGCUUAUGCAAAUGAUUUCUCUCCUUCAAUAUCUCAACGAUUAUUUUCAUCAAAUUCUAAAAUUCUUAAAUCAUCUAAUCAUUUUCUACCUGAAUCAUCUAGUUUUGAUACUACGGGAACUUCCGACUCUCAUCCAUUUAAUAAAGGACGUACACAAACUGUACAUAAUAAACAACAAAUGCUUCCAACAAUUGAGAAAAGACUUGUUGAUCCAUUGGUAAAUAAAAGAGUGGUUAUUAUUCGUGAAGAACAAUUAAAAUUUGGUAAAGUAUUAGGUGAAGGUAAUUUUGGAAAAGUUUAUGCUGGUGAAUAUCGAGAAGAACAUGGACGAAGUGUACCUGUUGCUAUUAAAGCAUUAAAAGCAACAAUGGAUGCAAGUGCUCGAGAAGAAAUGAAAAAAGAAGCUUUUGUUAUGAAAGAAUUAUCACAUCCAUGUAUUGUUCGUCUUUAUGGUGUAUGUCAAUCGAGAAAAAUGAACAGUACAUUGAUGGUUCAAGAACUUUUAUCAAUGGGUGCAUUAUUAGAUUAUUUAAAAAAACAUGUAGAAAAUGCGACACGUACAUUAUUUAGUUUUUGGGUUAUACAAAUAAUACAUGGAAUGGCUUAUAUGGAACGAAAACGUUUUGUUCAUCGAGAUCUUGCUGCAAGAAAUAUUUUAAUGCAAUCACAUUCACGAAUAAAAAUAUCUGAUUUUGGUUUAUCACGUAGUGUUGAUUCAAAUGAUUAUUAUGUUCAACAUAGUGAUACACCAAUACCAAUUGCAUGGUAUGCACCAGAAUCACUUUUUCAUUAUAAAUUUACAAGUAAAAGUGAUGUUUGGUCAUUUGGUGUUACAAUGUGGGAAAUAUAUUCAUUCGGUCAAUAUCCGUAUGGAUCUAUGCCGACAGAAGAGAUCACACAAUUUAUUGAAUCUAAUGGUCGUCUUCAACGUCCAGCUGGUUGCAGUAGUUCUGUAUAUGAAAUAAUGCUUUGGUGUUGGACACAUGAACCACAUGAUCGUCCAUCGUUUCGAGAUUUACUAAAAUUUUUAGCUAAUCGAUCGGAAUUUUCUAAAGCUGUUCGACAUUUUCAAUCAUUAUCAAACUAUUAA